ACUUAAAAAAAAAAAAAAAGCUGUGCACGUAGAAUUUUCCAUGUGUAACCUUCCCCGCAUUUUCAGUUCGGGGCAUCUUCAGUUCCCCUCUCUCUCUGACACACACACAGAAAUGACACUCAUUCGAGUCCCUCAAUUAGCUUCUGCACCGUAAGCCUCUUGCAAAGCACUGAAAACGCCCUCGAACAGUUGGAUGCUGAAGGUUAUUCUGCACUGUUGUGAUGUUAAGAGGCCAAAGAUCUGAAACAAGUUGGCUCUAGCCUGCCGCUUUUGGAAGUUUCUGUGACAGAAGGAAGUUUGUUUUUCAAGUUUGUUAGUCCUAAUAAUAUGAAGCGCAAGCGUAAUGGGAAAUGCAAACCAAAAAGGCACCCAGUAGUGGGCGCAGUUGAGGAAUUUCCAAAUACAGAAGAUCACCCUGGUGCAGAUGAUUUUGAAAAUGCUGAAUAUGACUCCAGAAUGGAGGUUGAAACACCAAAAACUGCCAGGGAUAAGGUUCACCAGCAAGCAGGGUUAGAAAAACUAGCAUUUAAUGUUAGAGCAGAAGAUAACCUGACUGUGGAAGCUGGGAACAUAACAACAAGAUUAUCGAGGGACUUGGGUUCUUCAAAUACAAACCCAAGUAGUAAUGCGGUAUUGGGCCAGCAUGAGAGGACAAACCGGAAAGAACCAAGAUUAGCUCAUCAGGGUCCUCAAUACCAAGAGCAAGAAUUAAAUGCUGCCCUGGUGGUGAUUAAGAAGGUUAUGGAAAUGGAUGCUGCUGAGCCCUUCAAUGUUCCAGUAGAUCCCAUUGCAUUGGGAAUACCUGAUUACUUGGAUAUCAUUGAGACACCUAUGGAUUUUGGUACAAUAUGCAGCAAUCUCAAAAAUGGUGUUAAGUACUUGAAUUCAAAGGAUGUGUUUAAGGAUGUGCAACAUAUUUGGGAGAACUGUCGCAAGUAUAAUCAUAAAGGCCAUUAUGUUUUAGAGCUCAUGAAGCGUGUGAAAAGGAGCUUCCUGAAGUACUGGACAGCAGCUGGGUUGUACAGCAAACAACCAUUGGGUGGUGACGGUUUCAUGGCAAAUUCACAGUUGCCUCCUGCGGAGUCUACCAUUGGGUGCAGCGCACAUGGGCAUGGUUGCCCAGAGGGUCCAAUGACAUACAACCCCAGCCAACAGCAGCAUGAUCCAGAAGUUCUGAGCCAACUACAGCUCUCACGGAGCUACCGGCAGCCAUGUCAGACCCAGCAGAAGCCCUGCCAGUUGCAGACAGGAUCUGUUCAGCCGGAACUUUCCCAGGCACAGACUGCCACAAAUGUGGAUAGUGCAGUUGUUUUCUUUUAUGAAGGGCAUUCAAAUUUACCUUCUCCUAUGGAGUCCCCCAUGAAAGGCUGCACUCGUGUGUAUAGGUGUCGAAUGGGCCAAAACACUGAAAACUUCAGCUCCCAGCAGAAUUUGACGAGCCAGCAAGAUCAGCUUCUGCAAAAACACUGCCAGUGCCAGCAAAACUUUAGCCAGCCGCAGCCUUCCCAGCAACAGUCUGGCAUUAGUAUUUGUAGUGCAGGGUAUUCAUGCUUACCUCCUCCUACAGAAUCUCCCAUGAAGCACAGCACAUGUCGUCAUAGGUGUCCAGUGAGCCCUAUGACUGACAACCUCAGCUACCAGUGCCAGGAUCAGACGGGCCCGAGCCAACUGCAGUUCCAACAUCCCUCACCGAGCUACAGCCAAUCAUGUCAGCCCCAGUAUAAACACUCUCAGUGCCAUCCUAGCCCUGGCCAGCCACAGGUUGGCAUAAAUAUUGGUAGUGCAGAGUCUAGCAUGAGGCGCAGAAUACAUGGAUCUAGGUGCCAAGUGGGUCAUAUCACUGACAAUCCCAGCCACCGGCAAGAGGAUCAGAUUGACACAAGCCAACCACGGUCCCAUCAGCCCUUGGAAAACUACAAUGAACCAUAUCAGCCCCAGCAGAGCUCUAGACAGCUGCGGCCUUCCCCGCAGCAGGCUGGCACAGAUACUGGUAGUGCAGAUUCGAGCAACUUGCAAAAGAAGAGUCGAGGUCGAGGCCCCACACGGUGCCUUGACCUGUGGAACGGAGAUGGUGACCGCAUAUCUGUUACCACCAAUGAGCUAGGGCAGCCAAUUGGUAGCGAGGCACCCAAGCUAACCAGCUUCCUUGGCACCAUAGCACGUAAUGGACACUUUGCACCCCUUACUUAUGUUACUUGGCGGGCAUUACCUGAUAUGAAAAAGGAGAAUAUGUGGUUGCAAGUUCAGUCCAAGUUUGACAUUGACCCAAAAAGUAAAAGUUGGGUCUUGAUGUCCAUCGGCCAAAAAUGGAGGGACUGGAAGGCCAAAUUAAAGGCUAGCCGUUAUAGCUCUCAUAAAACUGAUGAGGAGCGGCUGGCAGACCGUGACGAGAGAGUUCUUCCAGAUCAAUGGCGACUUCUUAUUUUGUUUUGGAACUCUAAAGAGGCUAAGAAGCGCAGCACUACAAACAAGGCUAACCGUGCACGACAGAAGAUUAUUCACACUGCAGGCACGAAGAGCUUUGCACGAGUACGCGAGGAACAGAAGGCAAAGAGGACCGACGGAAAGGAGCCAUCCCGGGCAGAGCUAUUCAUAUUGACCCAUACACGCAAAGAUGGGCGGCCUGUAAAUGAAGCGUCAUCAGUAAUAAUUUCGCAACUCCGUGAGCAAGCAGCUCAACAGCAGGAGCCCUCACAAAACAAUACUGUCCAAAACGACAUAUUCUCUCGAGUAAUGGGUCAAGAUAGACAUGGUCGUGUGCGCACUUAUGGGUUGGGUCCCUCUCCUUCUGAUCUUUGUGGCCCAAAACCUAGCCGCACUGAGGCCCUGAUGAUGGCCUCCGAGGCUAAUGCUGAGGUGCGCGAGAUGAAGGAGAGAAUGAUUACCAUGGAGCAAACAUGUGCACAGAUGGCAGACCAGAUGGCCAAAAUGAUGUCCAUGAUGUCGGCCAUGCAGGGGAAGCACCCCGAUGAACAACAGUCUAAUAAUGUAGGUCCUUCAUCCGUGUCUUUGGGUACUAGACAGGGACGCACAAGGAAAAGAGGAAAGGCACAGAAUUCAAAUAUGGGCUAGGUUGCACGUGAAGAGAGUUGAUGAUCGCGUUGCGCUUUUUGUGUGGAACAGUGGCUUUUGUUAAACAUACUACUGAAACCGUAUUUAAGUAUCUAUCUUAAAUUGUCCUUUUUGCAGAUGGCAUAUGACACUGACAAUUUGCUAUGGCUGGUUGUAAGAAAUAUUUUUGAUGUGUUGAUAUUGUAAGGUAAUUUCUGGUUUUAGACCAA